AUGGGCCUCGACGGCGGCACGCUAGUCACUCGGACGGACGUCCUCCGGGGCUCGAGCUGGCGCCUCGCCAACAGCGACGGCGGCGCGCACCGCAGCAGCCGGGGCGGGCAGCUGGGCGCCGUCGAGGCGACCUCGGCCGCCGGGGUGGAGCGGCGGCCGCUCUCGCUCGACAGGAGGGAGGCGUUCGAGACGUGCGCCCUCUCCGGCGAGGUGCUGCCGCUGCGGCCCGCGCCGGGCGUGGUGGUCGCGUGCGGCCUCGGCAACCUCUACCUCCGCGACGCGGUGUGCCUCUUCCUGGCGAGGACGGAACGCUUCGCACCGGACGUGACGGACCUCGCGGCGCUCACCGCAAAGUUCGGACACAUCCGCGCCCUCCGCGACGUCUUCCCGCUGGCCCUCGAGCCCAACCCGCGCCGCGCUCCCGCCGUGGACGAGGACGCGCCGGGCCGGCUCGCCGGCGCGUGGCGCUGCCCUGUCUCGGGGGUCGAGACCAACGGCAUGCACUCCUUCGUGGCGCUGCGUCCGUGCGGCCACGUGCUGCGCCAGAGCGUGGCGAAGGAGAUGGCGCGCGGCAGGCGCAGCGCGGCCAGUGCGGCCAGUGCGGCCAGCGCGGCCAGCGCGGCCAGCGCGGCCGGCGCGGCCGGCGCGGCCAGUGCGGCCGCGCCGGCGGUGAGCGAUGGCAUCUCGACUGUGCACGGCGGCGGCUGGGAGUGCCCGGUCUGCUCGGCGCCCGUCGAGGUUUCUGUGGAGCUGGUCGGGCCGGUGGAGCUGGUGGAAAAGUGCCGCGAUGCCUUGGAGGCGCAGCGCCGGCAGCGGGCCGAGCGCAAGCGCAGGAGGAGAGAGUCAGAGGCGGGACAUGCAGACGGUGCCACGCGUCCUCGACGUGACGACGGGCAACACAGUAGAGGAUAA